CUCUAUUGGUUGGCUCUGAAAGCUCUCCUCAUUCAUUUGCUUGCCUUUUUUGUUCUUCAUCGGGUUUAUUGUUUUUCUCGGUUUGGAAAUUCAACAGGGAAAACUCAACGGCGACAUGGCAGGAGGAAAAGCUGGAAAGGACAGUGGCAAAGCCAAGGCGAAGUCUGUGUCUCGCUCCCAAAGGGCUGGACUCCAGUUCCCGGUAGGUCGUAUCCACAGACACCUGAAGACCCGGACCACCAGCCACGGCAGAGUGGGAGCCACCGCAGCAGUAUACAGCGCCGCCAUCUUGGAGUACCUCACGGCUGAGGUGUUGGAGUUGGCAGGGAAUGCCUCCAAGGAUCUGAAGGUGAAGCGUAUCACUCCGCGUCACUUACAGUUGGCCAUCCGCGGAGAUGAGGAAUUGGACUCACUCAUCAAGGCCACCAUCGCUGGAGGAGGUGUAAUUCCUCACAUCCACAAGUCUCUGAUUGGAAAGAAGGGCCAGCAGAAGACUGCAUAGAGGAAGUGACCUCACACCACCAGGAAUUUUAUUUUAUUUAUUUAACUAGGCAAGUCAGGAAGGAAAAGGGGAGCCAUAUUGAUUUUGUUUUGCGUAUUUGUUUGGGUAAUUUUGUAACCGUAGUUGUAGUCUUUCGAGGGAGAUAUGUAGUCUGAGGUAUGUGUUGGUUUGUACUGUUUUAAAGGUGGAAGGUGGGGUGUUUAGGGAAGUUUAGAUUUUUUUUCUUCUGACAAGAAACUUGUACAUAGACCAACAAAUGCUGAAGUUCUUGUCAUGUUCUGAAAAAAUUUGAGUUGAUUGGAUUUUGCUCCAAAGGUGUUUUAUACUUACAAAGUUAAAAAAUCUUUUAAACAACCUGUGUCUGUUAUUUUAGUCAUCAUAUGAUUUCUUAUAUAGCUUUGACCUGGCUUAACUUCAGAGAUACAGUAGUUCUGAGAUUAUUUAAUUGUAUUCGAUGGAGACAGAAGGUUGUCACUUGUGAAUUUGUUGGGGGGGGUAAGGAAAAUUGGACAGAUUUUUUAAAUUUAUUUAACUAGGCAAGCCAGUUAAGAACAAACUCUUAUUUACAAUGAUAGCCAAACCCGGACAAUGCUGGGCCAAUUGUGC